AAGGAAGAAGUACCAUCAGGAGGCGAUCAGAGUUUACUGUAACGCAGGUCUACUGCCGGCUGGGACACACACACACACACACACACCGCUGGGAAACUGGGCACUGAGGCGUGAACUUUCAGGUGAACUUAAUGGUUGUGUAGUGAAUAUCCGAAACCUCGGGAAAGAUGUCUGAAGCCAUCAACACUAAAACAAGCUCUCAGGAUGGAGACAGAAAAGCAAGCAGGGUCAUCCGCAUAGGGACAAGGAAAAGCCAGCUCGCUCGUAUUCAGACCGACAGCGUGGCGGAGAAGCUUAAAGAAUUGUACCCUGACGUGCACUUUGAAAUAGUGGCCAUGUCAACGAUAGGUGACAAAAUCCUUGACACAGCUCUAUCGAAGAUCGGUGAGAAGAGUCUCUUCACAAAGGAGUUAGAGAACGCUUUGGAACGAAACGAGGUUGACCUAGUCGUCCACUCUUUGAAGGACUUGCCCACAAGCCUUCCUGUGGGUUUCACUAUAGGAGCUGUCCUCAAGCGAGAGAACCCUUCAGAUGCGGUAGUUUUGCACCCCAAAAAUGUUGGGAAAUGUCUUGACUCCUUACCCAACAAGAGCAUUAUAGGCACAAGUUCCCUUCGCCGGGCUGCACAAUUGAAGAAGAGGUUCCCUCACCUGGAGUUUAAGGACAUUAGAGGAAAUCUCAACACUCGACUGAAGAAGCUGGACGAGAGCAAUGACUUUGCUGCUAUUAUUCUGGCUGCAGCAGGACUGAAAAGGAUGGGUUGGGAAAGGAGAAUCAACCAGAUCCUUUCUCCUGAUGAUUGCAUGUAUGCAGUUGGACAGGGAGCUCUGGCUGUGGAGGUGAGAGCUUGUGAUGAGGACAUCCUGGAGAUGGUGUCAGUGCUGCAUGAUCAGGACACAGUGCUGCGUUGUAUUGCUGAGAGAGCAUUCCUCAAGCGAUUGGAAGGAGGAUGCAGUGUUCCAGUUGCUGUUUUUACAGAAGUGAAGGCUUCUCAGUUGUAUCUGACAGGAGCAGUGUACAGUUUAGAUGGCUCAGAUAGCUUGAAGGAGACCAUGCAGACCAGUGUCGAGUUUGAGGACAAGGAACAGGAAAAGGUUGAUGAGAGAGUGCAGCGUGUAGGAGUUACAGCACUGAAGGUAUCCGGAGCAGCUCAGGAUGCGGCCGAGAAGCUCGGCGUGGACCUCGCUAAUCUGCUGCUCAGCAAAGGAGCCAAAGAGAUUCUAACUGUAGCCAGACAGCUAAACGAUGCACGGUAGAUUUCUGUGUUGUGAAUGCCAUAGCAUUCUUUAUUAUAGCUUUACAGUGGCAUGUUGUUAUUGGAAAAUUUUCAACACCGGGUUGCUAAUAGUAGCUCUUCUUCCUCACAUUCACAUUGUUAAUUAUUUUCCAAAAACACCAUGCCUGACAUGUUUUAUUACUCUUAUGCAACAGCAAUUUACCAAUGCUGAUCAUUUUAUAUAUAUUAAAGAGCACCACUUUUUAUUUCUCUGGA